AUGGAGGAAGAGGACAGCUCAUUCAAGCUCUGUGCCCCAGGCAUUGUCACCCUCCAGUUGCCACUGCAUAAGACUUUUAGGUCUGCAGAUAUGGUGGGUUCCGUGGAGUCAGAGCUGAAGAAGCUUCUGGCAAUACAGCAAGAGUUCUGCCUCUGGAAGAUGGGCAGCCAGGAGGGCCGGGAGCUGCUGACCCAGCCAGAGAUCACCCUGGAGGAGCACCUGCUCCUGGAGGAGAUGGAUGAGAUGGGAAACUGGCCACCAGAGUGA